UAACUUUUUUGGGAGGUAGAGGAACAUCAGUGACUGCCGUACAAGGGGUUUUCCGAGAUUUCAACGUUAAGGACUAAAGAAUAUUAAUAGGCCAAAAACUGGGCUUAUUAAGGACAGAAAUGGACCUAUUGCUGAGCCCAGACUUUUUUCAGUAUGUGGAACGACACCGGGCAUCUCUGCUGAAGAAGCUGCAGGAAAAUGUGGAGCAAAGCUCUAGUUGGCAAGGGGAAACACAAGAGAACAUAACCAGUUCCCAGGUUCUUGCUGCCAUUGAACGUAUAAUCCAGGGAAUAACGGAAAGCCUGUCUAAAAAUGAAGCGCCUGUUCUCACCCUGGACAACAGAACAAACUGGGCAAACAUAGAGUUUAACCAUUUAGUUGGGCUGCAGAUAGCAAAACAUUGCACUACCAGGAAAGUAAGGAGCAACUGUGCCAAGUCUGCGCAGAAGUUUGCCCUGAUGCUUAAGGUACUGUCAGUGAUCUACAAACUGGUCCAGACUGAUACGUACACUACAAAAAGAGAUAUAUAUUACAAUGAUGUGCAACUUUAUGGCUCCCAGACAGUGGUGGACAACAUUGUUAGCGAUCUCUCCUGCAUGCUGAAAAUCCCAAGAAUCAAUUUACACAUACUCUCUACGUCCAAGGGGUGUGUGGCUGGAGAUUUAUGGUUUACGGCCGAAGAUGGAAGCAAAGUGUACUGCGGUGGCAGCUCAUCGGGCGUCCUCGUGCCAAUAAAUGUCGAAGGAAUCAGACACCUGAGUACCCAGGCUAAAUUCAUCCUCAUAAUCGAAAAGGAUGCAACGUUCCAAAGGCUUCUGGAUGACAACUUCUGUGCUAGGUCUGGCCCCUGCAUCUUGAUUACAGGAAAAGGUGUCCCGGAUCUGAACACCAGGCUUCUCACCCGGAAACUGUGGGAUUCCUUCCACAUCCCCAUCUUCACCCUGGUUGACGCCGACCCCUAUGGUACAAAGUUAGGAGACAACGUUCAGAAGCAGAGUUCGAUUCUUCCCAUAACAUUGUUUCCGUAUAUAUUUUCUUUCACAUUCUCUUGUUUGUGUUUCAGGGAUAGAAAUCAUGUGCAUUUACAAGUAUGGAUCUAUAUCCAUGUCAUACGAAGCUCAUCACUUGACUGUCCCUGCAAUUGCAUGGCUUGGCCUCCUACCAUCAGAUUUAGAGAGGUUAUUCAUUCCCAAAGAUGUUCUGAUACCACUAAGUCCACUGGACCGGAGGAAGCUGCUUAGCAUCCAGAAGAGACCCUACAUUGCCUGCCAGCCGCUCUGGAAACGAGAAAUUGAGAAAAUGGCAGCCAGCGAAAGGAAGGCAGAAAUCCAAGCCCUGACGUCACUGUCUCCUGACUUCCUGUCCAGGGUCUAUUUACCCAACAAGCUGCGUUACGGAGGCUGGAUCUGAGCAGCGCAGGACACGUAUUGGGGCUAAAAAACUGCAUGUUUUUUCUUAAUGCAAAAUUGUUAUUUUUCAGUUGGAAUAUUAAGCAUUUCUUGUUACCUUGUUACUAGUUUGGCAAAAUAAAAAAGUUAUGAGCACAA